AUGAUAAAAGCUCGUUCAGUGGCAAUAAUUGGUGGCGGAAUCGGUGGUUUGACUGUUGCUAAUGCUUUAAAACGAAUAGGAAUGUCGGUCGCAUUGUAUGAACGUGCACCUUAUUUUAUUCCAACAGCUGGAGCAGCAUUUGGUCUUCAACCGAAUGGACAGGCAUCGCUUGCACAUAUUGGUUUCAAAGAUCAAAUCGAAAAAACUCUUCAUCCUUUUAUGAAAUGGAAUAUUAUUAAUGACAAUUGUGAAAUAGUAGCUACAUCCGACAAACUAAGUGAAUUGGGAAAACGAUAUGGUUAUUUUAUGGGUGGCACUAUUCGUUCUGAACUUGUUGAUAUUUUAAAAGAGCCUUUAGAAAAGGAUGGUGUUUUAUAUUAUUCUCAUAAUGUGAUUAAUAUUAAACAAGAUAAUGAUGGUGUUACAAUUUCAUUUGAAAAUGAAAAACAACAAAAACCAAUUCGAGUUGAUAUGGUUAUUGGUGCUGAUGGAAUACAUUCAACAGUUGUUAAACAAAUUUUUACUCAAACAGCUCCAUCAAUAUACUCAAAAGAAAAUAUUUUCUUUGGUAUGAUAGAUAAUAUCGAUCAACAUACAUCGAUUAAUCCAAUAAUAACAGCAAAAAAUACAUUCGUACAAUAUUUUGGUCGUGGACAAGCUAUGACUUGUCGGGCUGGUAAUGAAGGACAAUAUAUGUGGGCUGUUACUUAUCCAUCAGUUACACCUCCAUCAACAAGUGAUGAUGCUGAAUGGACAAAAAUGAAUAAUCAACGUGAAUUAGACCAUUAUUUAAGCAGAUUUCCUCAAUCACAUUUUAUUCAUCAAUGUGUAGCAGCAACAGAUAAACAACGUUUACUUCAUUUUGGAUUAUAUUAUCGUCAACAUCGUAAUGAUGGUUGGCAUCGUAAUCGAAUUUGUUUAUUAGGAGAUGCAUGUCAUGCAACAUUACCUUAUGUUGGACAAGGAGCAAAUAUGGCAAUUGAAGAUGCUAUAUCACUUGCAAUGUGUUUAGAAAAAUAUAAUUUUCAAAUGGAACCAGCAUUUCAAGAAUAUUAUAAAAAACGUUUUAAUCGAACAAAACGUAUUGUAGAUAUGUCACGUUAUAUGGGUUUACUUUAUCAUUCACAAAACCCGAUUAUUCAUUCAAUAAGACAGCGUAUGCUACCAUGGUUCAUAACCUCUGAUAUGAUGACGAAAAGGUUCGAAAAAGAAUUGUUUGAAAAUUGUCCUAUUCCUCUAAAAUAG